CUCUGCUCAGUGUGUCCGUCCGCCGAAGUAGUAGGAGGCCAGCUGCCACUCGAGCACGGAAAGACCCUCAGAAGACAGAGGUGCUCCUAGCCCUUGCUGCAGAGCUCCGGAGGAGCGUCUGAGAUCCUCGCUCUGGUUCGCAGGUACCGACAGCCCCGGAGACGCUCUGAGAACCACGUGUAGAGGGUGGACGGAGCCUAGACUGCCCGCUCACAGCCUUAGGUGAAUGAAGAGGGUCCUUGGGGACUGCAGCCCCAGCAGCAGAGGACAUAAGGUUGAAAAUGGAACUCAGAUACCGGGUCCCGCAGAUGCUGGCUGGAAAGAUCUGACUCACCGAGGGAGAGCCAAGUGCUUGCAGAGAGGAGUCGUCAACCUUGCGGAUGCCAGUGGGACUGCUCCAGGGGUGUGCACCUGCCUAGAUGGAGACCACUGUCGGGGCUCUGGGUGAGAAUACCACAGACACCUUCACCGACUUCUUUUCUGCACUCGAUGGCCAUGAAGCCCAAACCGGCUCGUUACCAUUCACUUUCAGCUACGGUGACUAUGACAUGCCCCUGGAUGAAGAGGAAGAUGUGACCAAUUCUCGGACUUUCUUUGCUGCCAAGAUUGUCAUUGGCAUGGCUUUGGUGGGUAUCAUGCUAGUGUGUGGCAUCGGCAACUUCAUCUUUAUCACUGCCCUGGCCCGCUACAAAAAGCUCCGCAACCUCACCAACCUGCUUAUCGCCAACCUGGCCAUUUCAGACUUCCUCGUGGCCAUCGUGUGCUGCCCCUUUGAGAUGGACUACUAUGUGGUGCGCCAGCUCUCCUGGGAGCAUGGUCAUGUCCUGUGCGCCUCUGUCAACUACUUGCGUACCGUCUCCCUCUACGUCUCCACUAACGCCCUACUGGCCAUUGCCAUUGACAGGUAUCUGGCCAUUGUGCACCCGCUGAGACCGCGGAUGAAGUGUCAAACAGCCGCCGGCCUGAUCUUCCUGGUGUGGUCAGUAUCCAUCCUCAUCGCCAUUCCAGCUGCCUACUUCACCACUGAGACCGUGCUGGUCAUCGUGGAGAGACAGGAGAAGAUCUUCUGUGGUCAGAUCUGGCCGGUGGAUCAGCAGUUCUACUACAGGUCCUAUUUCCUUUUGGUUUUCGGCCUCGAGUUCGUGGGCCCUGUAGUCGCCAUGACCUUGUGCUAUGCCAGGGUGUCCCGGGAGCUCUGGUUCAAGGCGGUGCCAGGCUUCCAGACAGAGCAGAUCCGCCGGAGGCUGCGCUGCCGCCGCAGGACUGUGCUGGGGCUCGUGUGCGUCCUCUCUGCCUAUGUGCUGUGCUGGGCUCCCUUCUAUGGCUUCACUAUCGUGCGUGACUUCUUCCCCUCCGUGUUUGUGAAGGAGAAGCACUACCUCACCGCCUUCUAUGUGGUGGAGUGCAUCGCCAUGAGCAACAGCAUGAUCAAUACGCUCUGCUUUGUGACUGUCAGGAAUAACACCAGUAAGUACCUCAAGAGGAUCCUGCGGCUUCAGUGGAGGGCCUCUCCCAGCGGGAGCAAGGCCAGCGCUGACCUCGACCUCAGGACCACGGGAAUACCUGCCACCGAGGAGGUGGACUGCAUCCGACUGAAAUAAGCAAAAUGGUACCACAGCGCCCGGGUGCACACAGCAGCCAUGAACUUGUUUUUCUGCGGAAGGCAGAGGAAAGAGACAACUACUUAGACACGCUAUUCAAGGACCACUGAAGUGUGGAAUUUCUGAAAUGGAGACCUGAGAUACUGUCACUAGUGGUCAGGGUUCACCGAAUAUCUAAUUUUUGCAAAGACUAGACACCAGUGAAAGUCCUUUGACAAAGUAAAGUGGGGAUUAUAGCAAGGAAAUAUGGAUUGGAGUGUCUGGAAAAGGCUAUUUCCAGAGAGAAGGCAGAGCAGGCUAUGUAGGACUCUCCUGUCUGUGCUUAGGGUGGAGUACAGGGCUCUGUGUGGGCCUAGCUCACCUCUGGCAGGACUCUUGGGUUUUUGUUUAUGUCUAGCAUUAGCAAGCCCGGAGCAAGAGUAUGGAAGAGGUUCCCAGAUGUGCUGUAGUCCUUUUCUGCUUACCUCAGAAUCCCCACUGAGGGGAAUCAGAAGCAUGAGUGGACACUCCAGGACCCACGGCUAAGUUCUGCGCAUCCACCCCCAACCUACGGUCAGAUCUUAGGCCUAGGGCUCUGCACACAGACAGUGGGGGAGGGGACUUCUUUGGAGCACCGACUUGAGGGAGGAGCCACUUGGACUCUGGGUGCCAUUUGCAUAGGGAAUUUGGGGUUCUGAGUCAUAAGUUUGAGUUCAGGUGAGCAUGAUUCCCCCACUCAUGGUCUACUCACUGCAGGGGAAAAGGAGGUGAAGAAGGGGAGGGUCAGGUGGGACCCCUGAAGGCAUGCGUGCAGGUUAAAGGAUGCUGUUGCUUCAUCUCUCAGCAUCUGUGCCCUGGACCACUCGUGCUUCUUGAGACUUCAUGCCUCUGAGUUUAUGGAGCAUAGACUCAUGAAGGUAAACGUAGCACCUUGCUGUCCCGUUCCCACUAGCUCCCAAACACCGGUGUUUUCAUCUCAGGCAGCCUAUUUGAUGGGAUUCCCUAACUGGUAAGACUGGGAGAAAGAUUUCUUAACCAGUGGUACCUGACUCUUGACCUGGUCAUGGUCCUGGGAAUGAAGACUUGCUGCUCUUUCCAAAUGAAGGUGACCUUGGAGAAAUCACCACAUUUCUGCUCUUCAGCGCACAUGAAGACUUGCACAUCAGGGGUGCUGCCUGGACACUCAGGAAACCGAAGAUGACCAACAGUGAGCUCUAGGGACCCCACAGACUUAUGAAAGUCUCAUCCCAUGUGAUAACUCACCUUCUUAGCUUGGCAUUUAGAAUUCUGGCCUGAGAAAACCUGAGGCCUAGCUUUGACUAAGUCAUCUACACAGACCUGAGAUAAGACUUUCUAAAGAUAAAGGUAAUACUUAAGAAACCUUGUUAGAAUUGUUGGGAGGUCAAUCAAAUAAUCUGUGGAAGAUAAGCUGUUAACUAUCUGGAUAGUAAAGUAUUACCACCAUUUCCACCACCAUCACCACCACCACCAUCUCCAGCACCAUCACCACCACCACCACCACCAUCUCCACCACCACCAGCAGCAACAGCAACAACAGUGAACUAGCAACUAUGGAGUGACUGGACAAAGACAAACUUGUACAUAUAUUCUGUUUAUGACUCUGUCAAUCUAACCAACUUCUCUCAAUGUUCUCCAUGUGAAUUAUUUUCUCAUGCUUCUCAAUACUGCAUUGUGUCAUCAUAGCACAUUGGUAUCAAUAAGACUGAGAAUUUUCACGGCAGGUACAUAAAGGAAGUGGUACCCAGUCUCCAGUCAGGACGUGAGCACCAGGCUCUGCAGUCUCAGGAUCAGAGCAUCCUUGUUGUCAGGUAGAAGCUGUUCCCACACAUGCACCCAGAAUCAGAGCAUCCUCACUGGCCAUCAUUCCGCACAUGUCCCAGCCAGCAUGAACAAUGUCUCCCAGCUGCUUUUAUUCUGAGUGUGCAGAGCAGCAGAGGGGCCGGGUCCCUCCCCUCAGAUUUCUUUAUAGGACAAGACAUUAAUUAAAUUAACCUGUGUGUAUUUUCUUUCUGAAUACAGGCAACUCUGUUUUUGACCACAACAAUUUUUUUAGUUGUCUAUUUCCCAGAAAACACAUUUCAAAGGACCAUUUAUGUAUUCUUAUUCAGCAUGCAACAGGUUCACCUUACUUUAAGUCAGAAUUCUCUCAGAGAAUAAAAAUUCAUUAAUGUUCAAACCUAAAUCAAACACAGAGAAACAAAACCCCUAUUUUUUUAUUUUAAACUUUAUUACAAAAAAUUGCAAAAAAAAUAAAAAUAAAAAAGGAAGAAAAGAAAAUCACAUACCAAAUUAACCAGACCAACAGACUCUUUUUUUUUUUUAAUAGUAAAACCCCAUAUUGCAUUAAAAAUGGCUAAGUUAGUUUGGGGUGUAAAAAUGCUUAGAUGACAGGAUUUAUUGGGAUCAUGACACUGUUCCUCUUACUAAAGCUAGAUAAGAGUUUGUAGUUGCUAAAUAGUUGUUGAUUUUUUAAACUCAUGACAAAUUUUCUUCUGAUUUUUCUGCUAAAAUGUGUCAAAGUUUCACUUUCCUAAACUGUCUGUAAUUCUUCCAGAUAUUGGUGUCUCCUUGUGAUUUCACAGUGAAUGCUUGUUAUCAAAUGGAAUACUAGUAGAUGUACACAUACGA